UUCCCUGAUGGAGGCCGUCAAGAAACUGUUGCCAAAGCCCCGCAAAAAAAUCUACAAUUUGGGCGCUUGCUUUGAGCUGAGGGAUAUCCCAAAGGUUAGAGGUAGACCAUUCUUAAAAGUAAUGAAUAUACUCAAUUGAAAUAGAAACACAACGGUGGCUUAGACAUGAAAAAUCCCGAGAUAAUAUUUAUAAAGUGUAUAAUGCAGGUUUAUUUAGUUCUACUGCGCGAAACUAGGUCAAUUUUGCAAUCAAAUCUACAAAAAAAAUUGGGAUUAAGAGAUGUGCUUAAAACUACAAAUUUGACUUUAGAAGUAUUAUAAUUAUAAUAGAAAUAAUAAUUGUAUACAUCUAUAAUGAUAAUUUAACUAGAAGAAAUCCCCUCAAAUUAAUAUUUCAUACGCCCCUUUUAUGGGGCUGUCACCUGUUAUUGCCUGGCGUUGCCACCUAUCUCAGCUGGCAAACAGCUGCUUUAAUGAACAUGGGCGUAAACAGAACAAUUUAUUUCGAGGGGACUAAUAAUUGUAUGUAUAACAAAAACAUUAAUAAACAUUAUUAAUUAAUUUAUAAUUUAUAAAACACUAAAAAAAAAAACACAUUGAAGCCAAAAAAAGAAUAUUUAAAAUAAUAUUAAAUAUUGCACCGCAAAUAAGGCCCCCCUUCACCAUGCCCUUGAUUUGUUGUUUAGCGCCCCACAACUUUGGCCUGAAGAAAAUUCUAUAUACAAUGAUAAAUUAUUAGACUCGUCAGAGAUUCCUUAGCACAUGCCGCAGACGGACGUCCCUGGAACUCCGCACACCUGCCGCUAUUGAUUGGAACCACCUGUUGGGGCAAAACACACCCACUCGCCAAGAACAAACACUCAGCCACGUAGCCUGCAGUCAGUCGUGAAAUAUGCUCCAAAGAACCACAAGCAUUUGGACGCUGUGCGUACAGACGGCUUUAAUAGCCACUUUGGUCAAGGGCUCCAUGUCCUCGAAGGAUAAUCUCGUGGGGAGAUCACAGACUUCAUACAACCCCAGUGAACUUUCGGAAUCCCGCUUCCUGGAGUACAGUAAUCUGUCAGAUAAAUUGCACUUGAGAGAUGCUAUUAAUAAUAUCCUGAUACCACGAAUAGUGGGCUCGCGAAAUCAUACCAUUGUGCGGCAGUAUAUAGUCCAGAGCUUGAGAGAUCUGGACUGGGAUGUGGAGGUGAACAGCUUCCAUGAUGAGGCUCCAAUCAAAGGCAAAUUGCAUUUUCACAACGUUAUUGCAACGCUGAAUCCUGAAGCUGAGAGAUUUCUAGUACUUGCAUGUCAUUACGAUAGUAAGUACAUGCCCGGAGUGGAAUUCCUGGGCGCCACCGACUCGGCAGUUCCUUGUGCAAUGCUCCUCAAUCUGGCACACGUGCUCCAAGAGCAACUGAAGCCCCUCAAGAAAAGCAAACUAAGCCUUAUGCUUCUGUUCUUCGAUGGCGAGGAGGCCUUUCAGGAAUGGGGACCAAAGGAUUCCAUCUACGGAGCACGUCACCUGGCCAAAAAGUGGCACAAUGAGAAGAAACUGGACAGAAUAGAUAUGCUGGUGUUACUGGAUCUUCUAGGAGCCCCAGAUCCCGCUUUCUACAGUUUUUUCGAAAACACCGAGUCGUGGUACAUGCGAAUGCAGUCCGUGGAAGCGCGCCUGGCAAAUAUGGAGCUUCUGGAGCGCUAUGCCAGUAGCGGAGUUGCCCAACGGUAUCCCACGCGCUACUUUCAGCCGCAGGCCAUGCGCUCUUCCUUUAUCGAGGACGAUCACAUACCCUUUCUGCAGCGAAAUGUGCCCGUCCUGCACAUUAUUCCGGUGCCCUUUCCAAGUGUUUGGCAUACACCCGAAGAUAACGCCAGCGUGAUCGAUUAUGCGACGACGGACAACUUGGCACUGAUUAUACGGCUCUUCGCCUUGGAGUAUUUGCUAGGCGGCGGUGGCGAAGACAAGUAGUCAAGUAACCCCAGUGAAUCACAAUUGUUGUAUCUAAUUACGGCCUUAUCUUAACUGACCUGUCCCGAUAUCGAGGCAUUGUUAAAUGUUCUUAUACCCGCCGCGGUACCUUUGAAAGGACCUUAUUGUUAACUGACUGUGCGCUUUGAAAUUACCUAGGCAUGACUGCAAUACGCAUAAUCCAAAUAUUUUUAUACACAUGUAUUUAUAGUAAACAAACAAAUGCUUAGCUGAUGACACGUCAAAAUGAUAUAUGUAUAUUUUUUGUAAUGUUUCGGUUGUAAAUGUUUAAGACUUAUGUAGUACAACAUAUACACAGUAAAUGUACCUUAAAACAAA